AAACUGAUCUACAAGGGCUGUCCGAGUGAAAUAUCUUUUAUACUUCAAUAUAAUUUCCAUCUAAUUCAAGACGCCUUUCACAUCGACCGUGCAAUGUUUUUAUCUCACGAAAAAAUAUUCCGAUACUUUUCCUGCAAAGUGCUCAUCUACAGCCAACCUUAUUCGUUCUUCUCAAGAUUCUUGUAAAGUUUCAAAAAAGCUCUUACUAUUUCCUGCUAUUUAAUGUAAGCGGUCUUAAAAAUGCUUCAGUGGCCAAUUAUAGCCUUUUCGCUGGCUUUGUUGAAAUCCUUAUAUACUUUUUUCACGAGAAAAAAUAAAUCAAGUUCAAGCGCAUGCUUUGCUCAAUCUUUCCAGCUUAUAAAGGAUCACUCACAGACUAAGUACUUCAACAAUAAACAGCUGCGAGUAGUUCACUUGUUGCAUCCUAAUCCUGAUGUUCCGGUGCUCUUUUUCCUGCACGGAGCUGGGGGACGAGUUGAGCAGUUCUGUGGGCAGCUCAACUACUUCCGUACUAAUUCCAGCAUUGUUAUGCUCGAUCUGGUGGGGCACGGGCAAUCCGAAGAAAGUUCCUUUCAAGAGGAUUUCGGCUUACACUCUCUCCUGGAUACUCUCGUUGAAGUUUUUCAUACCUAUAUGGGAAAGUACAAUGCUUUCGUGGCUCAUUCAUACGGCACCAGCCUCUUUGCUUAUCUGUAUCCGCUCGUUAAGGAGCAUCUCUCUGGGGCCGUACUCCUUGCCCCCCUUGUCGCCCGCCAUGGCAACGCAAGCAGCAUGCGCCCCCCGCUUUGGACGCGCCUCCCCUGCUGGUUUCUCGAUCUGUGCAGGUUCUUCGACCGCUGGGGGGGCGUGCAGAGCUACUCGGUCCGCAGACUUCUGGAUCAAAGCGCUUCAGACUGUGUGAAGGCUCAGCAGCUUCUCUGGAAUAAAGCCACGUCUAGCCUCACGAUAAAGCUUCUCGUACGGGAGAUGCGCCUUCCCCCUCUCGAAGAUUUCGGCUCCCUUGCCCGUCUUCCCGUCCUUUUGAUUGCUGGCGAAGGCGACUUCCUCGCGCCUCCUUCUAUGGCUAGAGAUAUAUUUCAAAAGAUUAGCGGCAGAGAGCCGCUGCCGGCCAUUAGGCAUCAGCUGCAUAUACUUCCGCAAUGCGGUCAUUUAUUAAUGCUUGAGAAGAAAGAUGUUGUCAACGCGCACAUAGCGCGCUUCUUGACUAGAGUUUGCGGCUUCAGCGCUAUGGAUCGGCUAAACAUAGCAAACAGGGGGAGCAGCCUAGACGAUAAAUGGGGCUUGAAAAAUUUCGAGAAGUGGGCUAAGACGGCCAACUACGGGAAGCCCGUGGGAAGAGGGGGCAGCCUUCUCCCCUUGAAAGUCCUCCGGCAGGACGACAGCACCCACUCGCCCGAGGCCUUCCUAGCGGAGCAUCCCAGAGUCGGACUGCUGAUCGACCUGACGAGUGGCGCGCCUCCCUAUGACACCUACUGCGAGUGCAUCCCUUCGUAUGUGAAGCUGAGGGCCAUCUCUAAAGAGAUCCCCGACAGAGAAUACGUGGACUCCUUUAUAAGAGCAGUCAAGACAUUUCUAAAGGAGCAUCCGCAGAAGCAGGUUGCUGUGCACUGCCACUACGGCUUCAACCGCACAGGAUUCCUAAUCUGCUGCUACUUAAUCGAAGAGGAGAACUUCUCUGUGAAAGAGGCAAUAAAAGAAUUUGCACGGGCGAGGCCGACGGGCAUCCGGCACCAGCACUUCAUAGACGAACUGCAUCUUCGCUAUGCCGCAACUUAGUUUUGUUCAC